UUCCCUUUUCCCUUUCCUUCCCGUUCCCCUUCCCUUUCCCCUCCCGACGCGUCCCUGCACGGGCGCUGGCGCUCGCGUGUGUGUUACACCGCGGCGGGGACAGCGCCAGGUUCCCUUCCUUCCUUUUAUCCUACACGUCCCCACUGUCUGGUCCCUCUUUCUCCGGGCCCUCUCUCGGUGUAGAGCGCUCUCCCCUCUCCCCUUUACCGUGCCUAGACCGCUUUUUUUUUUUCUCUCCUCUUUCCCUAAAAUUGCUAUUUAAGUGGUUAUUUAGCAAAUCGCCGAUGCCGCCGGCCGGCAGCCCGCGUUCUCCUGCCCUCUUUGCCUUGAAGCGGCCCGUAGUGCCUUGAUGUGGCUCGAACAUCAAAACCAAACAGCGAGAGAGGCAGGGGACGCCAUGGGGCUUGGCUCUGCACAGUCAGGACUAAAGUCUGCAUGGCACCAGCUUCUGGGAGAUGUCUGCAGAAGGUGCUCUGGACAAGGUCAUGGAGAAGGGGAGAUGCUCGCCCACCCUGGACUUUUGGCACAUGGGAGUGUUUGCAGACACAAAAACAGCAACUCAGAGGUGUUAACAGUUAUCUCAGGAGACAGCGAGAGUCUGUGUGUCUGUCCCAUUUGGCCACUGCUGCUGUGGUCCAGCAGAAGGCUGUGGAUGGGAGGACAGAAGAGUUCAAACUGGUCUACAGGUUUCCAGGGAUAAAGUACUGCAGGGUCCUGUCCAGACUGAAGCUGUUGCAGACUGCCAUCACCGUCGUCACGCUGCCUCCCAUCUGGUACCUCUACCUGCAGAACCAGGUGUCUCAGAAUAUCCUUUUAUACACAACUGGCCUUGCAGUCUUUGCUGGUGCAAUGUUGUACGGUAUGAGCUACUUUUUCAGAAGAAUUAUUGGAUUCAUCUACUUGAGUGAAACUGGCCAAACUGUCAGAGUGGCCCACUUGACAUUCUGGGGAAGACGGAAUGACAUUUACUGUCCCAUAGAGACAGUGGUGACUUUGGAUGAAGUUGGAGACAGCAAGGGAGAGCUGCUUCUCCAGUUCAAACGGUAUAACAGCACAGAUACUUUAUAUUUUACAGUUAAGUAUGGACAGAUUGUAGACAAAGAGAAGUUUACUCAAAUAUUUGGAGAACGUGUGUGAUACAGCAGCUCGUUUCCAGUGAUUUUCCGUGUUGCACAUUCAUUGUGCUUAUUGUUCCAUGAGGUUUAAUUAGCUUACCCAACUGACACCCCUGUCCUUUUCCUAUGCAAAGCCUGCUGUAAGUGCACCCAGCGGGGAAAGUCACAGUGGUAAAGAAUAAUCCACUGGAUUAAAUGUCUUUGCAGCUUG